AAUCUCCACAAAACCCUUUCUGACAAUAUCUACUUCUUUAUUUGCAACUUAUCGAAGCAAAUCAAUCUGUCAUAAAAACGUUAUAAUCUGUUAGAAAAGUGAAAUUUCAAUUAUGAACAACAAUCAAGGCUUAGUAGCUGUUUGUAAAAAGUGUAGUAAUCAACGUUUAUAGAAAGCCUAUCAGUCUAGUGUACGAUAAACAAUCAAUGCUUUCACCAUUCACAUUUUCAUCUUUAUCAUGUAAUUUAACUCAAUAGUUAUUAAUAAAUUUUUACAGUGUUUUACACUUUUCAAAUGAUCGAUAUUAUGAUUGUUCAGGUUUGUUGCACUGCUUAAUUAUCUUCAAUAUGGUUCAUAAUUACGUGUUUACACAUUCAAAUAACUGAAAUAAAAAUUUAAAAAAUCCCUAAAAUGAUUUUAUUUAUGGUAAAAACAUUGAUUAUUAGGGAUUAUUUUAUAUGUUUACGUUUUAAUAAUUUACAAUAAGUAUCUUCUUAAAAGUACAAUGUUUCAAGGAUUUAGUUUAUUCAUAUUAUUAUUAAUAGUAGCACCGCCAAUUGUAUAGGGGGUGGUUUGGGGGAAUUUAGAUUCAACAGACACACACAUCCACAUUCUUGGACAAAAAUACCACUACAUAUAUCUUCUUUUCACUGUUUUUACCAAAUUGUUGAUCGAUACACUGAUUUAAGGAUGUAUUCAUUUCAAUUUUGGGCUAUUUGUUUCGAGGGUGAAAAGAAAAACACUUUUUUUUAAAUAUUGAAAGUUUAAUAUGUUUUUCAGAUGUAUACUAUACCAACCUUGUUUCUUAUGUAGAAUAAACGAUAUUAUGCUACCUUUUAUAAAUUAAAAAUAAAUCAUUAUCAUCAUUUAGAGCGAGGGAGACAGGGAAAGGAUGCAUCAAUCACAGCAUUUGCUGUAAUUUUUCUUCGAAUGCUUUAUUGAUUUACUAAUCCAUUUAUCGAUUAAUUUGAUGUAAAUCAUAUGACAACUGGAUUCACUUUUUGAAAGAUUAUUUGUUGAUAGUAGUAGUAUUACUUAUCAGUAAUACUAACUAGAUCGUAUUAUGCUGUUUCAAAUUAGAUAGUGACGUUGAAUGAAAAUUAAACAAAGUACAAACAAUUCUCACAUAAAUACUUUUUCUUUUGUUUUUCUCCACUUCUAAAAUUUAAUAUAUUUGUCAGUUAAAAGUAAUAAUUUAUGAUAACUAUUAAGUAUGUAGACAGAGAUAGAUUGUCAAUAUUUAUUAAGAUGUUCACUUAUGAUGAAUUGAUUUAUUGACAGUAAGAGCAUCUUAGUAAAAUUAAUUAUCUCGUUUCUAAUUAAUAUAAUUGUUAUGAUUUUUUUCUCGGAUAAUCAAAAACACACACUAGACACUGCUAGUUUCAUAUUCAGCUCUGUAUGGUUUAGUAAUCAUUCUUUUUUUUUAUUGUGAACAGUCCUGUUUAAUUGAUUUUGUAACUGGUAUUCCUUUCUCUCUCUCUCUAUUUUGAUAUAUAUUUUCUAAAAGAAAAUUGGGGUAAAAUGUAAAAUGUAUGGGAUCUGAUCAUGAGACAUGUCUAUCUUAUACAUUUGGACACCAAUUAAUGUUUAUUCGUAGAGUGGUAGAGGCUGAGUAGUUCAAGAAACUAGAAUUUCCAUUCAGCUCACAAAUUAUUUAACUAUCGGAAUUGCGAUUUCUGAUGUUAAAGAGUAUUUGAAUUAUAGUAUGUACUAGUAAUCCCAGCAAUAACGCAAUUUAAUGAAGAAGUAUUAGAUGAGCAUGAACGAAUGCACUGUAUUUGAAAUUCAAAAUCAAAACGGUUAUCAAUAGAAAGAAAUCAUUGAUUCAUAUAAACACCACACAAUUACAUAGAGACUUGACUUAUGAUGUUGAUAUCUUGUUAAGGUUAAAAUUUGUUCAUUUGGCUUUGAGCCUCACUUUAAGUGUGAAGAAUAUUUGUAUUAUUUGGUUUCUCAAAUUGUAGUAGGUAGGGAUGAGUUCGAACCUGGAGCAUAGUGGCUGAAAGUCGGAAGCCUCAGCCACUACAGCGUCGGUCCAUAUUAUAUUGCUUUUUUGUGUUCAGGAAGUGUGUAGAGGUAAUUCUUCAAUCCAAGUGGUUAUAAGUAAAGUCCAACCCCUUUCAAUAGAUGGUUAACUGUGGCUCUACCAGAAUGGAUUGUAUGCAUAGACAUUUUUAGUCUUGACUCAACCAAAUAGUCAAGUUUUCUACUCGAAUACGAUUUGUAUAAAUGCUCUCGGUUUUUCUGGUCAUCGUAAAAACAAUAUUAAAUGGAAUUCACAUAGAAAACCAGUUUUUAAAAUAUUAAUAUGUUGGCUUUGAUUUCUGAAGAUCUGUCAGAUAGGAUAAUUAGCACAACUUUUUCAAAGUAAGUUAAGUUAUAGUCGCAACAUUACACCAUUAUAUUAAAGUAAUCGUAACUAAAACUUGUCACAGAAUGCGUAUUGACUGGUUAUUAACAGCAUAAAAUAAAAAGAAAUUAAGAGAUUCUAAUAUAUUUUUUAGAAAAGAGAUCAUCUAGAAAUGAAGACUAAGUUACUUACGAAUAUGUUAGUAACAGCACGAUCGGUAUCCAGCUACAUUACUUCCAAAUUAUAAUUACUUCCCGCAUUCUAACGGUCGCAGAAGUUAUUUGUCUUGUUUAGAAUAAACGUUGAAUAAGAUGACUAUUACAUUUCUAUCUUUAAACCGUUAUCAUCACUUCCCAGCUAUUCCGUUCUAGAAAUGGUCAUAUAAUAAUAUAUAUUAAAUGUAAUUAUUGAUAGGUCUUUUCAUGUAUGUAUUGGUUUCAAAUAAUUAACGUAUAUAUUUAUUAGUUGGAACUUAGUAGUGCACAUUUCCAACUUAAGCCAAUUCAAGAUAUAGCAUAGCUUAUUAUUAAAAUCAAUGUAGAGCCUGACAUGUAUAUAUGUUUGUCAAAUGGCUUCCCUUACCUUUUCUUCUACCUUCUCCUUCACCGGCUAACAUUGAGCGAUGAUAUCGGCGUUGGUUGGGAUGUGGUCGGAAUAUGUCUGUCAUCCAGGCUUAACAAUGAUUUCACUCUUUCAUUGCUCACACAAUAAUUGCGUAAUUGAUUAAAACUUAAAGAUUUAUAUUUUCUCAUUGAUUAAACUAGUCGAUUUACAGUGACAAUUCAGAUUUCUCGAUUUUUCCAAAUUUCUGGAAAAAAUCUUUUUAAUUGUAAGUUUGAAAUUUAAUCGAUAAGCAUUCUUUUUUUUGGGAUAAAAAUAAACAAAAGCGAUCGAUCUCAUUGAUAUGAGUGGAGUUGACUAAGUGAAUAAUAAUAAUAAUAAUAAUAGAAUUCUCUUACUGAAAUUGAUUGGAUAGAUAAAUAGAUUUUUUGCCAUUGUAACAAUUCCUUUGAUUAUAUCUCUAUUCAUCAUUUUUGUCCAAAUUGAAUAUCGGGGAGUGGGUAAUUCAAUGAAAUAGGAAAACAUAGUUAUUAUUAUCAUUAUCAUUGUUGUUUGCAAUAUGCGAGUAAUUGGAGAUAAACUAGCAAGAAGAAGUGUUUGUUGGAUGAAAAUAAAAUGCACAUUGAAGAAUUAAAAAGAAAACAUAAAGGAUCGAGUAUUGGCUGGCGAAAUGUACAGUCCAGUUCUGUAGCUUACUUCCUUCAAUAGCAAUCACUAGUAUUAGUAUUAAUACCACUACUAGUAUUUUGUCGAACGAAGACUCACACAGAGGAAAUUCAUACUGUAGUGAACGAAGACUUGGUGGGAAUAACCAAUAUAUUGUUUAGUGCAAAAUUACAGUGUCUUCGUAAUAUAUAGAAAACCAUACAUUUAAUACAUUAUUUGCACACCUUUCUUGAGUUCACGCUUACAAACUCCAUCGUUCUUCCAUUGCUUUUGUUAUUCCGAUCUCUUUCCGUUUUUCUUUCUCUCCACAUUUUCUUCUGCCAGUAAGAAUUCUGCUUCUAUUUCCUGCGACGUACUACUUAUAUCUAUCCGUAUAAGUAGGUUGCAUAAAAAGAAGUUUUCUGAUCGCAACACUUAUUGCUAUUCAAAUGAAAAUGAAUUGCUGAAUGAAUUUGAAUAUAACAAAUCACUUUGAGUUUAGUGUUGACCAUUAAUUUCUAGAGAAAUAAUUUUGCAUUUUGUAAUAAGCAAAAAAACUUAUACAAUCAAAUAAAAUGAUAUUACUUGUUCAUGUGUAUUGUUGUGACUGGUGACCUUCUGUAAGUAUCAAACUAUGAUCGUGAAUAAAAUAGUUGAAAAACACACUACUUAAUAUCAGAUAAGUGAUUUUAGUCUUAUUCUGUAUUAGGAAAACUGGUGUCGAUAGACUCAAUUAAAACAAAAUGCAAAUACUUCUUACAUCUCAAUGGUUUUUCAGUUGAUGUUCGCUAGUUUUGAAAAUAAAUUGUGAACCAUAUAGAAUCACUUUCCAAACUUCGAAAUGGCCAGUAGUAUCUGUCAUAACGUCGUUUAUGUUGUUUCUAUUGAAUUGUAUCAAUCAAUAGGUAUUUAUAAUUAUGAAGAAUAUCUUUUGGCUCGUGAUCGCGAUGAAACCGACCGAGAGCGUACAAAUACAUUGAAAAGAUCAACUGGUCAUCAUCAUCAUACUGGUACAUUGAUGAGAGAUCAAGAGAAAAUGGAGAAAUUAAAACGAAAGUUACACACCGAUGAUGAUAUGGAAUGGCUUAAUCCAUCGCAGAGUUUAAGACAACAAGGCGUAGAUGAAAAGGAAAUUCUAUUAUUGAAACGUCGAUAUUUCUUCUCUGAUAUGAAUGUGGAUGCUCGUGAUCCAGUGCAAUUAAACUUAUUAUACGUUCAACUUAAGGAUGCUAUUUUGAAGGGAACUCAUCCUGUUUCUUUAGAAGAAGCUGUCUAUUUAGCUGGUAUUCAAUGCCAAGUUCAAUUUGGAAAUUAUGUUGCUGAGAAAUUUAAACAUAAUUUUUUAGAUUUGAAAGAUUUUCUACCGAAAGAAUAUGCAAAAAUUCGUAGUUUAGAAAAGAAAAUCUUUCAACAGCAUGCUGAAUUAUGCGGUUUAAGUGAAAUUGAAGCGAAAGUGAAAUAUUGUCAAUUUUGUCGUUCACUAAAAACUUAUGGAAUUACAUUUUUCCUAGUAAAAGAACGAAUCAAAGGCAAAAAUAAAUUGAUACCACGUUUGUUGGGUAUAACAAAGGAUAGUGUAGUUCGAUUAGAUGAAAAAACCAAAGAAGUUUUGAAAAUUUGGCCGCUUACAUCGAUUUGUAAAUGGGCUGCCUCACCACAUGCAUUUACUAUGGAUUUUGGCGAAUAUUCACCAGAUGAAUAUUACACGGCUCAAACAUCAGAAGGCGAACAGAUCUCUCAACUAAUUGCUGGUUACAUUGAUAUCAUAUUGAAAAAACAAAAAGCUACUGAUCAUCCCGGUUUGCAAGGUGAUGAAGAGUCUGCAAUGUAUGAAGAAAAUGUUCAAGCUGAACGGGCUACAAUUGUUCAGCAUCAACGUGUUCCUGUUCGUGUUCGAGGAAAAGAUCAACUUGUCAAUGGUGUAGUUGAAAAACCAUUCGACCAUCACCAACACAGAAAUGAUUUAGCUAGUCAUCAAAUCCAUACAAAUGGUGUAUGGUCUAUUCAUCAACAAAAUAAUCUUGUAGGUGAUGAAAAUUCUACAGUAAUCGAUGGUCAAAGUGUAUUAACAGCAACAACAACACGCCAAAUGUCACCUGAUAACUUUAUGACUGGUGGAACUCAUAUUUUCCACUAUCAAGAAAUGUCUCCAGCACAAAAAUCUCUUUUAAUUACAAUUAAUGAAGAUUUGGAAACAUUACAAGCUGCUAAAGAACAUUUAGAUAUUGGUCCACCAACUGAACGUCACCUACUCAAUGUUGGAACAGAUGAAGCAUCUAAACGUUGGUUAAGUGAAUCUAUGGGUGCCAGUCAAGCGAAGGUGACUGAUGAGGUCGGUGCUAUGAAUGCUGCUGUAGCUCAAGCUUUACGUUCAGCUAAUCGAGCUGAAUCAACUGAUAUCAAUGCUGUACAACAAGGUCAACCAUUAGAUCAAAUACAUGAUCCUGGUGAUGAUUUGAUGAUGAUGCAACAAUCAUUUCGUGUAGUUACAAUUCAUUUCCCUGCAUUUGUUGAUGAUUUAAAACGUGUCGCUGUACUACGACGUGAAUCUGGUGCUUUAAAAGCUGAUCAAACUGGUCAACCAAUUAUUGCUGAGAAAACUGAAGAAUCAACUCAAAAUUUAUUAUCAGCUGCUCGUCAUGUCGCAGAUGCAUUCACUGAUCUGUUACAAUCAGCUCGACCAUUAGCUAUGGGACAGACACAUGAAGAAAUUUAUCCAACAUCAGAUGAUGGAACAUAUCAAGCUAAUCAUGUCAUCACACAACAACAAGGUCCUGUAUCGAGUAGUUCACGUAAAGCUAUUAUUGAAGCAGCUAGUCGGGUUGGUGCAGCUAGCAAUGAUCUAUUACGUCAUGUGAUGCAUGGUGGAGAUGAUGAUGAUUUAUUCAACACAAAUUAUUUAAUUUUGACUGAUGAAGAAAGAAUUUAUCAGGAUCAAUUGUUAGGACUUGCUAAAGCUGUCGCCAAUGCAACUGCUGGAUUAGUUGUAAAAGCUAAAGUAUUAGCUUCACAAAUUACAUCAGAUCCUGAAGCACAACAACGUGUCAUUGCUUCAGUUACACAAACUGGUUUAUGCACUAGUCAAUUGGUAGCUUGUACUAAAGUUUUAGCCCCAACUAUUCAUCAACCGACUUGUCAACAACAAUUAAGUGAAGCUGGUCGUGAAGUUACAUGGGCUGUAGAUGGUGUAGUUCAAGCAUCACGUGCUGCUGUUCAUGUACCAUCAGAAGAUCCACAAAUGGUUCAACAAUCAAUUAUUGAGACUGAAACUGCAGCUACAGAAGUUCGAGAUGCCUUGGAUCAGCUUAAUGCACAUUUACUUAAAGGAUCAUAUAAAGGUUAUCAAGGUGAUGCUUUGAAUAGUUUCCAAACUUCUUAUGAAGAUUUAAAACAAUAUUAUACUACAGAUGGUCAACGUAUGGUUGCAUCUGCACGUCGUCUUGCACAAGCUACAGCUCUUAUGAUUGCUGAUAUUAAAGCACAAGCUGAAGAGUCCGGAGAUGAUUCGGAUAGGCAGAAUCGCUUAUUCCAUGCUGCUAAACAACUGGCAGAUGCUACUACCAACUUGAUUAAUGCUGCCAAGGCUUGUUCAUCUAACCCAGAUAACAUACAACUCCAAACAGAAUUACGUGAUGCUGCAGAUGAAUUGUAUACUCUUGCCUAUUCAGCUGGAGGUGAACAAUUUCAGACACGUUUGAUACAUAAUUUACAAUCUGCUGCACGUGCUACAGUAACUGGUGCUACACAGUUGGUUAAUAUUAGUCAAGCAGCUACAAAAUAUUCACGUGGUAAUAGUUAUCAAUUACAUAAUGACACAAGGAAUGUAACUAAUCUUAUCCCGAAAACUGUCAUUACAAUUAGAGAAUCUCGUGCCAAUCCAGAUGAUCCAAUGGCAUUGCUUGAAUUAAUUGGUGCAUGUGAACGUUUUGUACAACCAUGUACAGCAAUGGUACGUUCUAGUAAAUCUUUAGCCCCAACACUAUCUGAUCCAUCUAUUCAAGCUGCAUUAGAAAAUUCAAACAGUCAACUGGCUAGUGCUUUAGAAACAUUAAUUACUUGUUUAAUAAAAGUGGCACCAUUUGCUCGUCAUCUUCAAUUAGAUGGUGCAUUGACUAGAUUAACUCGUUUAUCAGAUGAAGUAGCUGAAAUAGAAACUAGUCUAAUGCAAAGUACACUAACUCCAAUACCUGAACAAAAGGUUGAAGAUUGUUGUCAUUUAGUAAAUAUCAGUGUCCAUGAUGGAACUGAGUCAGCGAAAAAAUUAGAUUCCAUUAUAAAUUCCAUGGCUAAAAUGGAUUCAGCUGUAUUAAAUCAACCGGAAUUAGCAGGUCAGUCAGCUGAUCGUUUAGCAUCAGCUAUGACUGGACUUGUACAUGCAACUCGUGGUAUAAUAGCUGAUCAAAAUAGUCUUAUUAUUAAUGGUAGUAAUAAUAAUAAUAAUAAUACAUCAGCUGCUGAGUCAACACGCCGAGCUGUUAUUCAAGAUAUUCGACAAGCUGUUCAAUUAUCAUAUGAAUUAGUAAGAGCAGUAAAAGAUACACGAAUAGCAUGUGAUGCUAAACAACCAGCUAAUGCAGCAACAGUUCAAAGUCAUAGUCAACAAUUAACUACACAAUUAAUUGAAACAUUAACUCGUUGUUUACGUGGUCUACCUGGACAUAGAGAAAUUAGUGAAGCUACUUAUUUAAUUGAACAAAAACGUUCUCAAUUAAUUCAAUAUUCACAACCGAAUCAAAUUAAUUUAACAGCACGAUUUGUUGAACCAAAUGAAUAUCAACGUAAACAAACAGAUUUAACUCAAGCAGCUGUUGAAUUUAAUCAAGCUACUGGAGAUUUACUCUCUUCAUAUUCACCUGGUUCAUUUAAACGAACAACACGUCGUUUUACUGGAGCCUAUGAUUGCUUAACUGAUAAAGGCAUUGAAUUAUCUAUAUGCAAUGAAAUCCCAUCAAAUAAUCAACAUUUUGAACCAGUUGUUAAUACUGAUCUACUAAAUGGACUUAUUAAUGUUUCAGAUCAAAGUUAUGUUUUAAUGAAUGAAGCUAGUCGAGUUUGUGGUCAACCAGAAGCAGAAAAUUUAAGAGGAAAAUUCCAAUCAGCAGCUAGAGAUGUCACAGAAAGCAUAAGUCAGUUAUUGACAAUUUGCACUUCAGGUGUUAGUCCUGAUCAGCGAGAAUGUGAAGCAGCGAUUCGACGCUUGGAUUCACUUCGUCCAUUGUUGUUAAAUCCAAAUAGACCAUUAAAUCAGCAUAGUUAUUAUGAUUGUGUGGAUACUGUGGCGAAAAGUCUUGAGCCAUUAGCGGAAAGUCUAAGGACUAUGUCUACAUCAGCUCGUGAUCAAAAGCUUAAUGAAUUCAGCUUUGCUGUACGUCAAUGCGCUAAUUCUGUUUGUCAGUUAGUUGAAGAAACUGCCCAGACUGCCUAUCUGAUUGGAUUAGCUGAUCGUAUUGAAAAUAGAAGAGUAAGUGGAGCUACUAGUAUCAGUAGUGGCAUAAGCAGUCCACCUGGAAGUUCAUUAAUAGAUUUGGAUCUAUUUAUACAAAGUCAAAAAGAAAUACAGUCCGCUUGUAAUGCUAUAUGCGAACCAAAUGUGAAUAAUCGUCAAGUUAUCUCUUUAUCGACUGAAAUGGCACGCAGUGCGAAAACUCUUUGUGAAGCAUGUAGUCAAUUGGCUAGUCAGACUACUAAUGUAGAUACCCGACAACGUUUGAAUAAUAUAACAAAGCAAACUAUGCAAUCAAUCACAUCACUUAUUCAACAUCGUGGUAGUACUGUGGCUACAGAUGUGAAUGGUGAGUGGUCAGAAUCAAAUCGUCAACAAACACUAGCAAAUGCUCAAGCAGUCAGUGCAAAUGUUGCAAAUUUGGUGAAAUUAAUUACAACUGAACCACGAUUGGUUGAUUUAACAACUUCACAGGAACGAAUUACAAAUACAACUAAAGAGACUCAACGUCCAGUUUGUGUUGCUGGCUUAGAAAGUCUUAAUGCAACACAAACUGUAUUAAGAGCUGCUCAAAAUUUACUAUCCACUUCUAGAAUGGGACCAUCAGAAAAUGCUUUUAUGGCAUUUUCGUCGGCUAGUAAAGAUCUAUCUAACAGUAUUAAAGUAUUGGCUAAUGCUAUGCGUGAAAAUGCUCCUGGUCAACGUGAAUGUCAAUGUGUAUUUAAUAAUAUUAAAAAAUUACUUCACGAAUUACAAGAUGCUCGUAUUGCUAGUAUGGAAAAUCGACUACCACCAAGACGUGAAUUAAAUGAAGAAGGUUUUCAACGACAAGUGGCUACCAGCGUUCGUGCUCUAUUAGAUUCAGCACCGGCUGUGGGGCGUGCAGCUUCUUCGGAAGCAGAACAACUUGGUCGUACUAUACUUACAUGGGACUCUUAUCUUCCUGGUUUAGUUUCCGGUUCUAUAGCUGCUGCAUCACGUUCACCUUUGUCUAGUACACAAUUAGUGUACUUGGAUCAUGCAUGCACUGUUUUAGAAGCCGCUAGUCAAUUAGUUACUGUUUCUAAGGAUUCUGGUGGUAAUCCUAGAGCUGUACAUCUUCAUGAUAGUUUAAAUGAAUCUGUUCGUGGUUUGGUGGAUUCAUGUGAAGAAUUUUUAACCAUAUUAGAUGAUGUAGCUUCUCGUCAAGGUCAUGUUAGCACUCUUAUUGACACUUUGAAUCGCGCUCAAGCACAAGCUGAAGAAAUUAUUCAAGUUCCUGUGGAUGCAAGAUUUUCUGAUUAUCAAACACGUAUGUUAAGAAUCGCUCGACAUAUGGAUCAGUUGAAUCAAGCUAUUCAAUUACGUGCUAGACAACCUGCUUCGGAUGGUGAGAUUGCUCCAUUGGCGCAUAAUUUAACACAGGAAUACCAAGAAAUGUGUCAAACUUGUAAAGGUGCUGCUGCAACUUUACCCGAUGUCAAUCAAGCGGAUCAAUUGAGAUCAGCUGUUCGUGGUGUUGGAACAGCGUGUAUAAGUUUAAUACAAGCAACAAGUGCAAGUCGUCCCGAUAUAUAUGGAUCGGGAACAACAACAGGUGGUCAACAUCUACUUUUAAGUCGUAAUAAAAGUAUAGUUGAGCUGGACAGACGAGCUGAAUUCUUAGAUUCAAAAUUGCGCAACUUGAUCAACUUGCUCGAAAUUCAUGGUCCUGGUACACAAGCUUGUUUACAGUCUGCUAGCACAGUUAGUGGAAUUAUUUCGGAUUUAGAUACAACUAUCCUGUUUGCUAGUUCAGGCACGCUACAUCCACCUGUUCGUGAUGAUUUUGAUGCAAUAUGGACUGAUAAUGAGUUUGGUCAUUCACGAUUAACAGCUGAUCGAGGUCAUUAUUUGGCAUUAUCGAACAAUACAGAUGGAACUAGUAUACCAAGUCGUGCUGGAAGUCGAUCAGAAAUGCAUAAUGUAGAGAAUUUCACUCCUUUAAGAGAGAGUAUAGCUCGUACUGCACGUGCUCUUGUCGAUGAUACUCAAUCGUUGGUCAGUGGAACUGGUGAGGAUCAAGCACGAUUAGCGAAUACAGCACAUAUAGCUGUUGAACGUAUUACAGAACUUGCCGAUGUUGUCAAACGUGGUGCAGCAGUGAUCGGACCAGGUCAACCAGACACACAGGUGGAAUUAUUAACAUCGUGUCGAGAUGUUGCUACUGCUUUACGUAAUGUGUUUCUUUCAUCCGGUAAAGUACAAGGGCGUCCGUCCCUAGAUCCUAUUUAUGAUGAAGUUCGAACAAACGCUCAGGUUGUUAUUUCUAAUGUUGGUCAGCUCCUUCAAACACUAAAGUCAGUAGAAGAAGAUGAACGACGAGGCAUUCGAUCUCUUGAGCUAGCUGCUAAUUAUUGUCGUGAACAAGCUAAACUCCUUCCAUCAUCCAAGGAUCCAGAAGGUUUGCUUACACCAAAUAGUUCACGUAAAUCAGGUCCACGUAGUACUUCAGUUGCUAGUGGUUCUUCUAGUUUAAUUGCUCGUUAUUUAGCUCCAGAUGAUUUAGCUCGUGCUGCUGGUGGACCUGUUCAGUCAGCUGUUUCAAAAGCAAUCUUAGCGAAUAAUACACAAAUCCAACGUGACAUUGUCCAGACAUCAUCAGCAACACGAGAUGCAGUCGCUGAUUUAGUUGCAGCUGCUAAGUGUUUACUACGUUAUUCGGAUAUUCCUCCGGAGACACGAUCAUCAUGUGCUAUAGUGACAAGGGAGUUGGCUGAGGAAUUCGCUGCUUUAUUGGAUGCUCUUAAAAAUGGGUUAUGCAUUCCUAGGAAAUCAGGUCCAGAAAAUGUUUCGAAUAUAGCUCGUCGUAUUGCUGAUAUUUCACACAGUUUGAUCAAUUUAGUUGACAGUCUUAGAGAGGGACCACGAUUGAUUAUGUAUUUUCGUGCAAGCAGUCCGGAAUGGCGUGAUGUUGCUGAAAAGUUUAUCGGGCGUCAUGUAGCUUAUCAUCAUCAUUAUGUAUCAAAUUAUGCUUUAGGUGGCGGUUCAAAAUCACACAAAAGUAUUUUCAUUCGUCCCACAUGUUAUCCUCUUCAAAUAUCGUCUGAUCAAACUACUGAGCAAACUAUGAACGAUGAAGCAGAAUGUCGAAUUGUCGAUGCUAUUAAUCAGCUUAAUUCAUCGUUGGAAAAAUGCUCGGCGGACAAUAAAUUAGCUCAAUCUCUUCUUGUCACGGCGCGAUCAGUCGCUAUAUCUGUUCAAAAUCUUAUCAGAACCGCAAGGACUGUUAUUUCCGUACCCCCAAGUAAUGCUGUCGACAGAGCUCGGACGGCAGAAGGUGCUUCACAAAAGAGUACUAGCUCAGCUGCUCUUUGGCGUACUGAACUUAAUGUAUCGCUUGCUACUCAACACUUGUGUCAACUGUCCAAAUUAUGUUCGGAAACAGUACCAUCCAUAACCUCGCAAAAAUUUGAGAAUAACACUGGGGAGUUAUCAGGAGGAUUAAUUUUAUCACGCGAAAGACUUCUGGCUGCUGUGCAUCAAGUGGCAACUGCAGGAGCUCAGUUACUCUUAGCAGCUAAAUUAAGAAAAGAAGCUUUAAUGUCUGCUGAUAUUCGAAAGUUGAAAACUGCAGGACAAGCUGUUAAAGAGUCAACAGACCUACUUGCUGAAACUGUUCAACGAGGUGACAUAGUUUCGAGUAGUUCAACUUCACAAAUAGAAAUCACUUGGCCAACUUACACAAAUCAAGCGUUGUUACAGGGUAUCCAUACAAAAGCACGAAUUCAAUCUCAGCAAAUGGAAUUAGAAGCAUUAGAAUCACGUCUUGCUAGUUUAAAACAAUCAUCAUAAUCAUUAUCUAUAUAGAUAAAUUUACAUUGUACAGUACUAUUAAAUAAUCAUUUCAACUGGAAUAAAUUAUUCCUAUGUUUAUUUAUUGAUUCUUUUAUUAGUAGUAUAUUCUAGUUGUGUUUUAUCUUUUUCGUAAAUUUUUUCCCCUUCAUUUUCGUUACUUUCAUUCAGAUUAAAAAAAAUUUACUUAUCCUAUUUAUGCAUACAUAUACAUGUAUGCGUUUGCAUGCUUCACUCCAUGUGUGUGUGUGUGUAUGUAUACCUACUUACCCACCAACAUACGCUUUUUCAUUGUUUUCUUUUUAAUUGUCAAUUAUUUAUACAUUUCAUUUUUUCUUUCUUAUUUUUAUUCUUAAUCCCAGUGAUUAAGAUGGGAACAAGUUGAUUAUGAUCAUUGAUAAUACUUUAUUUUAUUGAAUUUAACCUACAGAUGUCUGCAUGAUAAUAUUAAUUUAAAUGCAUGUAAUAUACACCGCUUUUGAGAUUAUAUAUUAUAGAGUUGUUAAUUAUUAUUGGAAUAUUUGCCUUAUUGGUUUUUUUUCAAUUCCUUUGUUUUUAUGAUGCUUACUGGUUUUGUUUUGGCGCCGUCAUUUUAAAGCCUUAUUCUUUAAAUUAUUUAUUACAUUUUCUGGAUAGUAUUAUGGUACUUUGAUAUAAUAAAAAAUUGGUCAAAAUGUGU